CGUCUAGCGGCAUUCUCUUGUUGUCAUGGCGGCGGUUCAAAAUGUUGACAAGCUUGCAUUACAUUUUAGAAAGUUAAACAUGCGCUGUCUUCUAAUUAGCAUCCAGUUUGCGACGUUGUGUGCAUAGCUAGUAUAUAAUCCAACAUAAAUUAACAAGUAGUUAUAAGCGAAGUCGAAAUGGUCGAAUGGAUGAUGAUGUUGGGAUUAACUUGACGUUGGCAAUCUUCAAUCCAAAAGCUUAGUUAGCUUGCAAAUGCUAACCGUCAUUUGAUCAUUAGCAUUGAUUAGAAAUUGAGGACUGGGUGCUACUUUGGCGGGACCUGUCUGUCAUUUUGGCUGAAAAUGACUACGCAGUUCUUGCAGAGCGUUCCCACGACUUCCAUAGGGCAGCAAAGUCAAGUGAGAGACUGGGUGGUCUCAGGUACAACCCGAAACGGUCACAGCAGCAGUCAAACUCAUGGGAUGUCUCAAACAAAGCUAUUGUUCAAUGAAGCCAUCCCUGCAAAUACCAGAAACCGUGCCACCCAUGUUCACCCGCCAGCCCCCAUUGUGAUAGAGAGGUUGCUGCCGCUGCCAGAGGAGCGUGCGAACAUGAACAGCGCCCGCAGUUCCGUUAGCUUCACUGCUCUCUCUGAGGAGAGACUCCACGCUGCGGUUCAGCUCGCCCAGCGAGAUCUGAGAAGAAGGCGCCUUGAGGCACUGACCAAAUCUCCUGCCAAACCCUCUCAGGAGGCCUCCCUCCUCGAAACGACUGAUGUAGAGCUGCUUCAGGAGCUUGGAGCCACUCCGUGUAAGCCAAAGUUAAAGGCCUCUAGUCCAAAAGAGAAAGCGGGUAGACCUGGAGCCAAACUGUCGGUGUUCACAUCCCAGAAGUCUUCCAUGCCUUGCACCAGCCUGUCACCCCCAACCAGAGACACUGGCCCAAGACAGUUGGAAGGAGGCAGACAGGCUCCUUUAAGCCAGGAGAUCCACAAGCUGCAAAAUGAGCUGGAAGUCUAUAUUCAAAAAGUAGAAGAGCUAGCCAACAGAGGAGAGAAAAUAGAGGAGUCGCUGGAGCCUGAGGAGCAAAACAAGCUGGACAUACGCAGACAGAAGCAGGCAGCCCGCUCAGCACGCAUCAUCUAUGUUCUCCAACAACAGGUGAAAGAGAUACAAGAAGAUAUAGAGAAACUACAAGGCCAGAACAUGUGGAACACCAAAAAGUCCAUGGCAAUAAACAGGCUGGCAGCUGCCCACCGUGGGACACUCAGAGCCUUACAGGUUGUUAUACACCAGCUUUCAGAUCUGUCUCAUGGGAAGGUCCCCCCUUAUUACAAAGAGCUGGGCCAGCUGAUCCGCCAGCUCUCUUUGUGCUCAGCCAAGGUGGAAGCAGAACAAGGUUCGGCUGUGCCAGAGACGGCCCUCGACAUCCUACAGAAACUAGAGACUUUGGAUUCUGCCCUCAGUAAACAAGAGAUGCUCGAAAAGAUGCAGGCCCGAGCACGUCCUCCACGCAGGAAGUCUCCUGAUCGCAGCAGGUCACCGAUGAGUGCACCCAAGGGUCCUAGUACCUCAUCUGUACCGGGACAUCGCAAAACUACAAAACCCAAAAGAGGUGUCCAAGCAGGUAGGAGAAUUAACGCACAGAAGCCCAAAACCACUUCUCAACAGCCCUUGAGCAGAAGAGAGGUGCUCAGGGCCGGCCUGGAGAGCCUCGUCCAACAGAGGGAGCUGAGAGAGCUGCAGAGAAGAGCUCAGACUAACACCACCCGCAGAAAAGGAGGGGCUCCACACUCAGGGAGAAAUAAGGCUGACAUUAUAAUGAAGAUCAAAGAUGCAGGUUUCCAGCAGCCUACAGUCUCCUCUCAGCUCCGAGUGAACCAGCUCCCUCAAAAAGAGGCCUCUGUGCCCUGGAUUCCUACAUCCCCUCACUCUCCUCCUCCACAACGCAGAUCCCCUCAAAGGAGAAGACCAGAGCCUCGUUGUCUCUUCUCCCCCGUGAAGCCCUCACCCAGCCCUGCAAAGCAGAAGGUGGCCGGUGGUUUGGCAGCAGAGCAGCCGGCCUUGAGCUCAGAAAAUAAGAGACAAGCUCAGGAUGAAGCAUUAAGGAAAGCCUGGCUGGAUAAGAUGACGAUGCAGAGACUAAAGGAGCUCAACCAGCUGAGUAAAGAAGAGGCAGAACGCAUUCAGAUAUUAAGGUCUGAAGUUGUCUCGCCAACUCAGUGGGCUGAGAGAGCCGAGCAGAAGGCCAGAGAGAGAAUUCAGCCCCUGCUGGAUGAAGCACAGCAGAUUGGCGAGUCUAGGAACAAGAUCAGCUCCUCAGUGAGGGAUCGACUGUCUGAGCAGGCUGCAGAAAGGGCUGCAGAGAGUGCCGGGCAGCUGAGUGAGGCCCUGCUGGAGGAUCUGUUGGAGGAUGCUGCACGGGCAGCGUGGGCGGCUGAGGCGGAUAGACAGUUAGAGGGCAUGGCUGAGCGUAGGCUGCAGGCCCCCACCCUGGAGAGUAUGCUGCUUCGUAUGGAGGAGAUACAGAGAGAUCAAGAUGAAGUGAGGAGACGGUUUGCUUCCGUCACUUAUUCAGACCCUCUUCACUGGGACCGACCAGGACCAGCAGGACCCCAAUGCCAUGCUCCGGGCUCAAGGCCAGCCUCUCCUCAGCCAAUUAGGCUCUCAAGGUCGGUGCCGAGGCAGAGCUGUGCAGCUGAUAUUGUCUUAGAGAAACCUGUGGAGACUGGACACAGCAUCCUCUCUGAGAGCAGCCUGACAGAGGAGGUACCCCGAGAUGAGCAGCAUCCCGGACCCAGCGGCGUGUUCCCGGGCCCAGUGGAGCGAGGUGGGGGGACUGUUAUCACUGUGCCAGGCAGCAUGCUGAGAAACAUCCGGCGGUACCGGGAAGACUACGAAGCCUACCUGCACGUUGUGGCUCACGAGGCUGUCGGCAGCUUCAACCCCUGGGCCGUCGCCAGCAGCUUGGCGGACGAGUUGCUGUUGGAGGCUGUCGCUGACGUGGCUGCAGAGUUUCAGGACGUCGUGGAGGAGUACGCCGAGGCCGUCUUCACCUCAGAGUUUCUCCAGCCUGUCCAGUCGCCUCCUGCUUCGGCUGUGGUCAGCCAGUAGGAUUUUACAGCAUCAUGGAUGUAGCAGUGUCUUUCAAAUGACUAGAAUAUAUAUUUAUUGUAUUAGAAAAUCAGCUUUUUUGGCAGAUUUAAACAUCUCUGGGAUUUUUGAACUACAUUAUUUACCAUUUUUCCUGUAUUUCUAUACUUUGUUAAUAUACACAGAUCUGUACAUUGAGAGCUACUUUGACAUGACAAUGUGAGACUUGAGACUAUUUAAUCGUGAUUGUAGAUAUUUUGUUAAAUGCAACUGCAGCAGAUGAUGAGAUUGUUGAAUUGCACAAGGAGCAUUAGUCACAUUACUCUUUACGGUUCAUCUGUAGCUGUGAUUGAAUUCCGCUGGGAAAGUUAGUUUAGUUUAGAUAAGCUUGGAGAGACCAUUACAACAUUACAGAGGAUUAUAAGAUUAUCGCCCUCCCCUCGCACUUGGUUUAAAUCUCCCUGAGGAUUACACUUUCUAUUUUCACGUUGGAAUAUGGAAAUAAAUUAAUUGCAUACGGUCUCUCACCAAAAUGAUGGAGGAAGCCAAGGGCGUGUGUUUUAUCUAUUGUAACACGAGUUCAUCUUUAGCUUUGAUGUUUAAAGGCAGGAGAGGACUUCAGAGAGCUGCUUGAGGACUCCUCUCACUGGUCGAUGUUUCAUCCCAGUAUCGUGACCACUGUGAGCAGAUGAAGCAUAAAGAGUAAUGAAAUCUUCUUUUAAGAGUUUGGUAUUGGUUUAGGACAACCUUAAAAUGAUCCUUUUUUUUUAGUGCUUUUGCAAAUUUGUCCAAACAAAAUGUACAUGCUAGUUUAUAUACUGUUGCCCCAGUCUAACUGAGUCCUGCAUAAUAAUGGUGUUGAAGUGUCAACGGCGAAUGCAAAAUAAACGGGAUGGCUUUGGCACACCAA